ACGAUGCAAAGCAACCAAAGCCAAGUAAACUGUAUUUUAAAUUGUAUAAAGAGCAGUGCAGAGUAAAGGGGCGCUAAAACGAAUUGUAGUGCGAUAAUGUAAUAGAACUUGUGAACUGUGUACGCGUAUGAAAAACACGAAACGUCUGCUUUUUGCGAGAUAAAUCCUUUGGACAUUCUGGUGUCAGCUAGCUAACUAAUGUCAGAGUAAAGUACGUAAACAGGUGCUAGUUGGUUUUAAUACAAACUGUAAUCUGACGGUAGCUAACUAAUUGCCCACUGGUUUCAACAUGGGACGAAAGAAACAGGACAGGUUUGUGCGUCCCGACAAGGGCAAAGACAAAAGGCAUAAAGUGAAGGGGAAAACAUUAGCGGCCUUUACAGAGGAAAUGCACACUGCUUUUGAAGCAAGUCUUCAUGUAGAGGAGGGAGCAGAGGCCCCUCAUGUCAAACUGCCUUGUCCACUUGCCAUGUGGGAGUUGGGUCACUGUGAUCCCAAACGUUGUACUGGCAGAAAGUUGGUACGCAAAGGCUUUGUACGCAACCUGCGCCUCAAUCAGAGAUUUAACGGACUCAUACUUAGUCCAAUGGGUACAAAGUAUGUGACACCAGCAGACAGAGAGAUAGUAGCUCAAAAUGGGUUAGCAGUGAUUGAUUGCUCCUGGGCCAAACUGGAGGAGACUCCCUUCAGUAAGAUGGUUGGAACUCAUCCCAGGUUACUGCCGUACCUCAUUGCUGCAAACCCCGUCAACUACGGCAAGCCUUGCAAAUUGUCUUGUGUUGAGGCUUUUGCUGCCACAUUCUGCAUUGUAGGUUUUGAAGAACUAGCAGUGCUCUUGUUGAAGAAAUUCAAGUGGGGGACAGUCUUCUUGGAUCUCAAUAAAGUUCUGCUGGACCGCUAUGCUGCUUGCCAGUCAGAGGAGGAUCUGCUUUCUGUGGAAAAGGAUUUUCUCAUGUCUAAACCAGAGGAGGAGGAGUUUGAUCCGUUUGAUGUUAACGCCGGAGUAGAAUGUAGAAAUCUGAACAGACGUCAGUGUGCACCUGAGGAUGAUGAUUCUAGUGAGGACACGAACAGCUCAGACGAUAACAAAGAUGAGGCAGAGGAUGAAGAAGAGGAAGAGGAUGAAUCAAAGCCAUCACAAUAAAGCAUUUCUACUAUGAACUCCUUUACUACAAGGACUCGAAAACUUUUUCUACAUUCAGGACUCCUUCACACUUCAGGCCAUUUGGGGAUAUUGAGUUUUGUACAAGUAUCCAAAAAAUGAGACAAUAAAAUGUGUGUAUUUUUCAUGUAAACAGAGCAAAUAAAUGAUACAAAUUAC